CGCACCGCACGACAUUAGUCCAUCGCGAACAGACAAUUCACCACACGGACGCAUCAUACCGAUCCUACAGACGAUAAAUCCGGCCACAACACCGCAAAUAUGGUUCUCGCAGUCGAUCUUUUGAACCCAACCCCUCAGGCUGAGGCCCGCAAGCACAAGCUGAAGACUCUUGUCCCAGGCCCACGCUCGUUCUUCAUGGACGUCAAGUGCCCUGGCUGCUUCACCAUCACCACCGUCUUCUCGCACGCACAAACCGUCGUCGUCUGCGCCGGCUGCUCCCAGGUUCUGUGCCAGCCCACCGGUGGCAAGGCCCGUCUUACCGAGGGCUGCUCUUUCCGGAGAAAGUAGAGGACUCGACUGUACAUCAUGACGACCGCGAUGGAUUGAGAAGAACGCGGGUGGGAAGAAGACUUGUGAAGGAGAGAAGUGUCCAAACGGUACAUCGAGGACGCCUGAUGUUAUCAGCUGAGUGUAGUUGUAGCUACACUUAGCAAGUAACACUACACAAAGACACCCGCCCAAAAUUCUACCUCGACAUUGCGAAAACAAGCACCACAGAUCUGGGACAACACCUUCUCUAUGCGCACGAUUAUCUAUGGCUGUUGCCGUUUCUGUUGGGGUGGAUAUGGCGUUUCUCGGCGUACGAAAACGAAAGCAUCGGAGACGAGGCGCAUGUUUCCCAAGCGAGUCUCUUGUUCUUUAUUGAUAUGAGGCGAGGACCUAGAGGCGUGCAUCGAGGAGUCCUACCUUUGCAGCGGUUCUGCAAACAGUGAAAAGGGACAAUGCAAAAAAACCAAACAUUUUUUUAAAACCUCGCUCACCUUUGCCACACUCCAGUCCUCACCCUCGGUAACGUGUCCAUGACGCCUCGCAUCGUGCGUCACGUGAUGUUUGGCCCUGACCAAUCCUUAUACUAUUCCUGUGUCAUCUAUGUAACGGAUAACCAUUGCUCACACGCAGCAUAUGUAGGAGAGAACAAACCAGUUACAGACGACCAACCUACAAGACUACCAAUAGAGCAAGCAUUUAGGAACCUGUCUCGACGACGACUUCAUAUAGUGGCAUCUGUUCGGCGCGAUGAUGAGGUAUCCUUCUCCCGAUAUCAUCAAUCAAG